UGCCAUCAAUCCAAACCCACAACAUCGAAGCUUCAUCCAGAGUAUCCCAACUGAAGUUGGCUUUCUACCUGUAGCAGAAUUGUGUAUAGUGAACUACACAGCAAGGGUUGAAAUCGCUAUCGGCUGCAUUGGGGGUGCUCUGGCGGUUGGCAUGGAUCCGCGUGCUCGGUCUUCGCUGCGAAUCUAGAACCAAUUGCCUGCCUACGUAUCCCGAGGCUUGCCGGCGAUCCGUCCACCAGCGCAAAGCUGGAGCCCUUGAUGAAAUAGCAGCUCCAUCACCAGUUUCGCGCCUCUUAAUGUCUAAUUUCUGCCACAUCCUGGAGACAGACCGGAUACACCCUGCAGUGGAGCACUGUUUCAGUUGAGAAGCUCGGGAAUCCAGGACAGCCGGAAGUCCAGUGUUAUAUCUCGAGCUCGGCACUUCCCAGGACCAGGAAAUACUCACACACCGUGUCAUGGCGAACUCACCAUCCACCUUGUCAUCGACCCGAAGGAAAUGGGACAGCAGCAUACCCCCCGUGCUCCGCCCGGUGGCGCGUGCCUACCUCCUAGGAUUAGCAACCGCCGUGGGACCGAGACUGGUGGCUCUGCUGACCCAACACGCUCGCCGACGACGCAGAGACAAGCUGGAAUCGUCAUUUGUGACAGCACUGCAGCGUAUCCUCUGGGGUGGGCUUGAUUGGCAGGGCUUCCCCAUCUUUUGUGCCGCCGUCGUCGGGGGCACCACGUUUAUCGAGCGGCCACUCAGAGCCUUGCUAGACCUGUUGACCAACGAUCUCUCCGCGGUUGCCCGGCGGAGAGUCUCGAGGUGGUUUGCCGCCUUCGUUGCGGCCUGGCUGAGCUUACGGCUGUGCCAGUCCAAGCGGUCCCCGGCUUUCACCGACACCAUUGCCGAGUCCGGCUCCGGAUCCGGAUCCAGGUCCAAUGCCAUACCGGGGACGGGUCCCAAGACGGUCCAUUAUGCCGGCCGCACACUUGACCUGACGCUCCUUGCCGUUACGAGCGCCCUGGAUGUCGUCGUCGGCGAGCUAUGGCAUCGUCAUAGACUACGCCGGCAGGCCGCCGGCAAAUGGACGCCCGUCGAAACCGCCAUCGGGCGUCUCACCGACCCCGCCAUCUUCGCCCUCUCCAGCGGCCUCAUCAUGUGGACCUGGUUCUACCAGCCCUCACGUCUUCCGCGCUCUUACUACAAGUGGAUCAGCUCAGCCGCGGCCGUCGACACCCGGCUCAUCGAAGCGCUCCAGCGCUGCCGCGAAGGAACACUCCUCUACGGCCGCGACACCGGCCAAGCCCCCUUGCUCACCUCCAUGUGCACCGAAUAUGGCUGGCCAGCCGAGUGGGGCGACCCGGCGCGCUCGAUCCCCUUCCCCUGCGAGAUGGUGCACAUGGGCAGCGGCGCGUCGUGCGAGUACCACGCGGUCGUGCGCUUCCUGCGCUCCUUCCGCUGGGCCUUCGCGCGCUAUCUGCCCAUCUUCCUCUUCCUGACCGUCCGCAGCCGGUCCGUUCGCUCCCUGCGACGCGCACCCCUUUCCGCCGCCCGAUCCUCGGCUUUCCUGGCCACCUUCAUCACCCUCUUCUACUACGGCGUGUGCCUCGCGCGCACCCGGCUUGGCCCCCGCCUCCUGCGAGGGAAGGACGACGUCGCGCGCCGCCAGCACAUCGACGGCGGGUACUGCGUCGCGGCGGGCUGCCUGCUGUGUGGGUGGAGCAUCCUGCUCGAGGCGCGCGGCCGGCGGAAGGACAUGGCACUGUUUGUGGCCCCCCGCGCGCUGGCGACCCUCUUGCCGCGCCGCUAUGCGCUGGACAAGCAGUGGCGCGAGACGCUUGCGUUCGCGGCGAGUACCGCGGUCGUGUUCACCUGCGCCCUGGAGAAUAGGCGGCGGGUCAGAGGGGUGGUGGGGUCCGCGCUGGGAACCGUUUUCGCGGACACGGUUUGAUGAUGAGCUGCCACCAUACGUAAUGUUAACUUCUUCUAUUGUUGUUGUUGUCGUUGUCGUUGUUGUAUCAGUAUUAUCCUGUUCGAUACCAUGAGACUUGCUGCAUGGCUAGGGAUAAAGAGGUGCACUUUGCCAUAAGAUGGCUGGUUAUGCUGUUGGGUUCGGGUGGGACGCUAGACGAUUGCAUGUACCACUAUAUACUCGGGAAGAGUCUCUGCUGGCGUUGCUGAGCUCGUAGAGGCAGUCGAGGGCCAGGGGCACCGUUGCCCAGUUUGAUUGGCUUGAUCUUGGGCGUUUACGGAGCUUUGGUCGGU